UGUCGUCUGUCACUUCGCCAUUUGUUUUUUGACAUUUCUCAAAUAAAUAAUUCGUUAAUAAAUAAAUGGGAGCGUGGAAAAUCGCCUGUUACAUAACACUUGACUUAUUCUGAGCCCUUUUUUCGACUUGUGGGUGAAAAAGUGAUUCAGUGCAGUUAUUGACCCUUUUUGCAACAGUGACCGUGGCCAUCAAGUUAACUGUAACCGAAUGUUUACGUAGUCUUCGUUCAUUUGUUAGUGACAGUAGUGAUAAAAAAUGGGGUCCGAUUCCAAUAAGGAAUAUUCAGUGAAUUGGAAAAACCACAUGGACCAUAUGCGAAAAGCGUUCGAUAAUUUACUAACUUCGAACGAACUAACCGAUGUUACUUUGUGUUGUGAGGGUCGUAGGAUUGGGGCCCAUAAAAUGCUCCUCUCGGCAUGUAGUACCUACUUUCGGGACACUUUUAAAGACGUGCCUUGCCAGCACCCUGUCAUUAUUUUGUACGGGGUGGAAUAUAGUGUUUUGUCAGAUAUUCUUCAUUUUAUUUACAAUGGGGAAGUUAGUGUAGAUACCUCAAAACUGGACUCGUUUUUAAAAACAGCACAGUUGUUAAAAAUUAGUGGACUCACUGAUAACUCAACUGAAAAUAUGGCAAGUGAAAAUAGUGAGCAGGACACACAAGCGGCCAGUAGAAGGGAACAGACAGAGGGGGCUUUCAGCGAACAAGUAUCAACAGCAAGUGAGGACACCAAAAAAGGGGCGAAGAGGAGAGUACAAGAAUCAGAAGGAGCACCAACGCAGACUAAAGUGGGUAGGCAAGAAAGUGAUACGCUUUUUAUGUCGGAUGUAAAGUCGGAACCUAGUGAGUUUGUCAAUUAUGAGGAUCCUUUAGAAGACCCACUUUUACAAGCUGAUCCAUCCAAUGAAAAUAGGGAAUUUUUUGUGACAAGUCAGGGGGGCGUCGAGGACGAGAUUAAAAUUGAGAGGACAUCUCUCGAGACAACGACACUGGUGCGGGAUACCGACAUCAAAGUCAAUAAGAGUAAUUUUUCCGAGGAGUCGUUGAGGUGUCCCAUUUGCAGCAAGUUAUUUUCUCAUCCGUACAGCUUACACCAUCACAAAGCCGUGCAUUCGGGCAACACUGAAUGUUCGAUAUGUCAUGUUGUACUCUCGCGAAAAUACAACUUGAAAAUGCACAUGAAAGCGCGUCACAACUUGCGGCGCCCCUUGCAAGUGUCGCCUGACAGCUGUAAGCGUUCGAUUGAUUGUCAAAAGUUUGGUUGCAAUUUUAACCUAAUAAAAAUAAUGGAGGAGGAAAUCUCCCAAAAAAUUUGUCGUGCCUGUUUGACCGAGUCUGGCGAAUUCCAGUCGAUCUUCGUCCCCGAUGAGAAAACCGGCACUUCCAUACACAUUUCUGAAAUGAUGAUGGCAUUCGCUACCGUCCAGGUAACUCUUGGUGACGGUCUCCCGGAACAAAUCUGCUCCACGUGCGCCCGCACCACUGUAGAUAUGUACAUGUUCAAGUUAAAGUGCGAAGAAUCGGAGAAAAUCCUGCGAAGUCGGCUGGCCAAAAGCCCCUUCCAGGAGCAGUUCACCAUCGAGGAGAAGCACUACGUGGAGACCAAGGGGGACGUGGACGUUUACAGCAUAGUGAUCAAGCCUGAGCUGUGCUCCGAAGACUCGGAAAUCAACCACGAGCUCAGCUCAGACUUUGAGCAUUUGAACGCACCGGAUAAAAGUGACAGUGAUUUGGACGCGUUUGAGUUGUACGCGGAUGAAGGGGGCCAGGAGCACCGGUGUCCCCAUUGCCCCAAAGUGUUCGAUAAGGAAAGUGCGGCCAAUCGCCACAUCAAAACACAUUCGGCUGUUAAAGCUUACAAGUGUGAUACGUGUGAUAAGAGAUUUUCGCGGAAUGAUCUUCUAUUACGGCACAAAAUUGCACAUGCGAUGAAAAUGGACGACCAAAAAUUCGAAUUGGAAAAUUUCAGCGAUGAUGAUGAAGAUCCGGAUGAUGACACGAUUAUUAUUAAAACUGAAACGGCUUUGUAUCCAUGUGCUGAAUGCAAUCUCAUUUUUAUUAAGAAAGAGGAACUUGAUGCACACAUUCAAAAGCAUGAAAAAGGGGGUGGCGAAGGAAUUGUUUGUAAUGUUUGUAUGAAAACGUUCAGCAAACAAGCGCAUUUGAAUCGACAUAAGAAAAUUCAUUCGCAGAAUAAGCCACAUGUUUGUCCGACCUGUAAUAAGGGAUUUGUGAGGGCGGAACAGCUUAAUAACCACAUGAAUAUACAUUCUGGAAUCAAACCGCAUGUCUGUGCGAUUUGUCUCAAAGGUUUUAACCAAAUAUCAAAUUUGAAAGACCACAUGCGAACCCACAACGGUGAAAAGCCCUUUCUUUGUUCCACCUGUGGCAAGGGCUUCAACCAGUUGGGAAACCUUCGUCAACACACCAUCCGCCACAGCGGCAUUAAAGCCCACCUUUGCAGUACGUGUGGUAACGGUUUCGCCAGCAAAGGUGAACUUUCAGCCCAUCUCCGAAAACACACCGGUGCGCGCCCUUUCGUGUGUCCAAUCUGUAACCACGGCUUUACAACUUCAAGUUCGUUAACAAAACACAAACGAAUCCAUUCCGGGGAAAAACCGUACGAGUGUGACGUAUGCAAAAUGAAGUUUUCGCGGUCGGGGAUUCUAGCCAGACAUAAAAGGACGCACACGGGAGAGAAACCUUACGUUUGCAAGUUUUGUACAAAAGCAUUUUCACAGUCGAAUGAUCUGACGUCACAUUUGCGGAUUCACACGGGGGAAAAACCGUACAUUUGCGAUGUAUGUGGACAGGCAUUUAGGCAGAGUUCUGCGCUUAAAACUCAUAAGAAAACGCAUCCUGGACGAGAGGUUAUUGACACGAAAAUUGGGGUCUUGGGGGUCAUGCAUACCCCCUUUUUAACGUAAUAAAGUAAGGGGAAAAGUUAUGUUUACCAAUUAGUUUUUUAUUUAUUUUUUUAAUAUAUCUACCACCUUGUAAUUAAUUAAUUAAUUAAUUUUGCCAACAUUUUAUCAACUGUUAUUUAUUUUAAAGCGUUUUGCUCAAAAUAAAAUCCAGAUUAGUUA